UGAUUGUCAUGGUGACAAUAUUAACCAUCAACACAGCAUCCUGUAUCAUAUUUGCUGAGGGCUUUACCAUCUGGGCUGCACCAUGGUCUGUCAACACUAGCUUAGGGGUUCUGACUUGCUGGACAGAGCUGUCUCCCACAGGCAAACUGAGUGCCCACUCCAGGCAGACCUUGACAACAGCAAUGAAGCCUGCUGAGCCACGGCUAGAAGAACCAGGGAACUCCAGGGAGCACAGCGUGGAGCCAUCUUCAGAGCAAAAGUCGGAGCAGCAGUCGGAACCCACUGUCGCAUUCCUGUUCACACUCCUGAACACCCCUGAGCCCAAAGAUGCUGAAUCAGACACGGAGGCACUGGAGAGACAGUUCCUGGGUCGGGAUGACUGGGGCCCUAAGCGGACUUCAGAGGAGAUGCAGAAUUUGCAGAGAGACUGCAAGAGGCUUCAGGAGGCCCUGAACUGUAACCAGAGGGACAACCUGGCCCUUGAAGAGAAGCUAGAAAACCUGGCUAUCUCAUUGUACGAGAACCUAGAGGAAAGUCUGGUCACUUCAAAGGACCCUAGAGUCACCCAGGAGAUAGCUAAUGUCUCCCAAGAGGAAGUAGAGGGCACCCAGGAGAAAUCAGAAGACACCGAGAAGGAAGCCUUCACUCUUAGGCGUCUGAGGAGAGAUUCUGCCCCGCGCUACUCCCUUGGGCAGCCCACGCCACAGCCGUCAGCCAUGGCCAGGCCUGAGACCAGAGAACGGAUACCUCCUCGGGAGGCUGCUCCAUCAGUCAGCCCCCUCUUUAAGCCCCAGCAAUAA